GAAAAAGAAAAAGAAAAAGAAAAAGAAAAAGCACACACACGCCAGGAAAACAUGGGUGCGUUCAGGGUUCCCAUUUUCAAUCUGCACCUACCUUCAUCAACACCACCACCUACCAGAAAAAUCAAAGAAAUCUCCACUAGGCGCUUCUUCCUUUUCUCUUUUCCUCUAUGUGCUUCUUGCACCAUUACUGCUACUCCACUUUUUAUUCUUACCGAUUAUAUCACCCCUGUUAAAGCGAAUUCUUGGUUUGCUCUAGCUGAGGGCUAUGACCCUGUGAGCCAAGCGGAGAAAGACGCCAGCGCAACCACAUCUCGGAGAAUUUCGGAGGCUAUAGAGUUGUUGGAGAAAGGGAGGGAAUUACAGGCUCAGGGUGACUUCAAUGAUGCUCUUCUUUACUUCACUCAGGUGGUUGAAAAUUAUAAAGACUUUGCAUUCUCCGAUUAUGCAAGAGUGGGAAGAGCGCUGGCACUUUAUGAGAUUGGAGACAAAGAUGAAGCGAUUGCUGAGAUGGAGGAUGUUUCCAUAUCUUUGAAGGGAUAUCCAGAAGUACAUGCAGCUCUUGCAGCAGCAUUAUACGUGGACAAGCAUGCCCCUCUGCUAGCAGAAAAUCAGUUCACAAUUGCAACUCUGCUUGAUCCUCACUAUACAGACCUUUCAUAUGUAAAAGAAACUAAACAUUGGCCUCCAAGUUUGGUCAGUUCUUUGCAACGUUUCAUCACUCUGUCCUAGAAAUAUGAAUUAUACAUACAAGACUUAAGUUGAAUGCAUGAAUAUCAUACUUAUCAGUUACAAAACAAUCUUUUAUUACCA